AUGUCCUUUAUCUAUCUAUGGCUGAAUGCCUGGUCACAUCUAUCUAUCUAUCUAUCUAUCUAUUUCUUUCUUCUGUUCAUAUCUAUCUAUCUCAGUUUUUCUCUGCUAUCUAUCUAUCUACUUCAGUCUAUUCAUAUAUCGCAUCACAUCAUAUCUAUCUAUCUAUCUAUCUAUCUAGGGAAGUCUGUUCAUAUCUAUCUAUCUAUUUCAGUCUAUUCAUAUAUCACAUCACAUCGCAUCUAUCUAUCAUUUUCAGUCUGUUCAUAUAUCACAUCAUAUCAUAUCUAUCUAUCUAUCUAUCUAUCUAUCUAUCUAUCUAGUGUCUGUUUCUGCAGAUUUCAGUCUGUUCAUAUCUAUCUAUCUAUCUAUCUAUCUAUCUAUUUCAGUCUAUUCGUACAUCACAUCACAUCGUAUCUAUCAUUUCCAAUCUGUUCAUAUAUCACAUCACAUCAUACUAUCUAUCUAUGUAUCUAUCUAUCUAGUGUCUUUCUUCAGAUUUCAGUCUGUUCAUAUUUAUCUAUCUAUCUAUCUCAGUUAUUCUCAUCUAUCUAUCUAGUCAGUCUAUUCAUAUAUCACAUCACGUCAUAUCUAUCUAUUUCAAUCUUUUCUUAUCUAUCUAUCUAUCCUUCCAUAAUUUUUAACCCUAUUUAG